CACAAUUACGUCAUUUCCACGUGCCUCUAACUGCAGACACAGAGUAAUGUAAACUUUCGUAGAAUACUUCUUACUCAGUUACUAACCUUCCAUUAUAUUUGGGGGGAGUGGACCUGCCCAGGGUUUCUGUGUACAGAUGGAGGUUGCGUUUCCCAGAGUGCUCUUUGUGACUGCACCGCGGACUGUCAUGACGGCUCUGACGAAUUCGAGGAUACCUGUGGUUUGCUCCAAUGUAAGAAGGAUGACUGCCUGUGGCAGUAGGCGAUGUGUAUCCCUCUUCCGCUGUGAUGGCACUGACGACUGUGGAUAAGAACUGUCAUAAGUCAUAUCCUGUCAUAAGAACUGUACAGCCGAGUCCUUCCUCUGUGAGCGGACAGGGAGCUGCGUUGCCAGGCAACUGCCCCGCUGGGCAGGAUGUGGGUCCCGACGCAUGUCCCUUUGGCCAGACCCGGGCCCCUCACACUUGCUUCAGCUCUGAGUUCAGUUGUGGGGACGGCCAAUGUAUGCCUCACUCCUGGAGGUGUGACCACUCGCCGGACUGUGCUGACGCGAGCGACGAGGACGACUGUGAUCAGAAUGAGUGUCUGGUGAGCAAUGGCGGCUGUUCUCACCUGUGUGUAGACCUGCCGAGGGGCUUCCUCUGUGACUGUCCCGCUGGUAUGAGGUUGGUGCACGACACCCAAUGUGAGGGUGAGUGGCAUCUCCGAGAGUCAUUGAUAGGGCCCAGAGUUUUUCCUGACCAUGUGAUGUGACCAAGUUAAAUUCAGAGACCAACAGUUGGUCCCAGGUCAUGUGUUUGUUGAAAAACGAAUGGCCCAGGGCCUCCCGGGUGGCGCAGUGGUCUAGGGCACUGCAUCGCAGUGCUAGCUGUGCCACCA